AUGGCCUUGAACAAUCGCCCACAAGGAACAUUGCCUACAAAUACAAAUAUUAAUCCAAAGGAACAGAACCUAAAUCAGCUAAUGGCAGUGAGUCUCGGGAAUGGAAGAGAUUUAGACAGGGAGCAAGAAGUUACUCAAUCUAGGAGAGAGACAAUGCCAACUACUCCAGUUACAUUAGAGAAGGAUGAAUCAGCAGAGCUCACCGAGGUUGUAAUUGAACAGGCACAGGUUGACAAGGGUAAGGAGAAGGAAGGUGAACAACUCCCAGAACAGCUCCAUACAAAUUCAAUUGAAUAUUCCACUGAUGGAUGCUUUGAGGGAAAUGCCAAGGUAUGCAAAAUGAUGAAGGACCUGAUGUCGCGAAAAUUUGACUUCCAGGACCUGUCCACUGUAACUCUGACGCAGACUUGCAGCGCGGUAGUGACAAGGCCUAUGGCUCAAAAGGUGUCUGAUCCAGGUAGUUUCACUAUCUCAUGCACCAUUGGGAGUUAUGUUUUUGCUGAAGUAUUGUGUGACUUGGGAGCCAGUAUAAACUUGAUGCCCUUGGCAAUCUAUACAAAACUAGGCUUUAGGAGAGCUAGACCGACCUCAAUGUUGCUGCAACUGGCUGAUCGCACAGUCAAAAGAUCGACAGGAAUUCUUGAUGAUGUGCUUGUUGAAGUGGGGAAGUUUGUAUUCCCUGCAGACUUCGCCAUUCUUGACUGUCAAGUGGAUGAAGAGAUACCAAUCAUUCUGGGAAGGCCGUUUUUAGCCACAGGGAGAGCAUUGAUUGAUUUUGAGACUGGAGAGUUGAAAAUGUGGUUAAAUAAUGAAGAAAUAAUAUUCAAUGUUUAA